GUAAAAUUAGACAGAAAAAGAGAGAGAGAAUUAUGGAUAGAAUUUCGAGGAAGAGCUCAAAAGGGAAGCAAGAGAAAGAUUUGUAUCAUAUUAUACACAAGGUUCCUCAAGGUGAUGGUCCUUAUGUUAAAGCUAAACAUGCUCAGUUGGUUGACAAGGAGCCAGAAGCAGCUAUUGUUUUGUUUUGGAAGGCGAUAAAUGCAGGAGAUAGAGUAGACAGUGCCUUAAAGGACAUGGCGGUGGUGAUGAAACAACUUGAUAGAACUGAAGAAGCAAUCGAAGCUGUCAAGUCUUUCAGAGGCCUUUGCUCUAAAUCAGCCCAGGACUCACUUGAUAAUGUCCUCAUCGACUUAUACAAGAAAUCAGGAAAAAUAGAGGAGCAGAUUGAGCUUCUAAAGCGGAAGCUAAGAAUGAUCUACCAAGGAGAGGCCUUCAAUGGAAAACCCACAAAAACUGCACGAUCUCAUGGCAAGAAGUUCCAAGUUUCUGUUAAGCAAGAAACUUCAAGAUUAUUGGGAAAUUUAGGUUGGGCCUACAUGCAGAAAUCAAACUUUAUGAUGGCAGAGGUAGUGUACCGAAAAGCCCAGAUGAUUGAUCCAGAUGCCAACAAGGCCUGCAACUUGGGCCUUUGUCUGAUCAAACAGUCUCGAUUCGAUGAAGCAUAUUCGGUUAUUAAAGACGUGUUAAUGGGUAGACUUCCAGGUUAUGAUGAUUUCAAGUCGAGGAAACGAGCUGAGGAGUUGAUUUUAGAACUAAAGUCCACAAAUCCAUCACUGGAGGAGCCUUCUGAUAUGUUGGGCCUUGAUGAUGAUUUUGUCAAGGGGCUUGAGAAUUUGACUAAUGAAUGGGGCCCAUUUAGAUCAAAGAGAUUACCUAUCUUUGAAGAGAUCUCUGAAUUGAGAGAUCAACUAGCAUGUUAAAAUAUUUUGUUUUCUUUUUUUAAAAGUAGUCUAUUCUUGUUCAUAAUGGGGUGUAAAAUAAUGGGUCUUGAAAGAAGCGUUGAUUGCUUGCUA